CACAGCCCUUACAUAGGGUCUGAGAGGAAACCAUUGAAAUUUUUCUAAGAACGACAUUUUUUCCGCUUAAUUGUAAAACAGCGGGUUCCGAUUUCCCAGCUGCCAGCAAGAAGGAAUUGAGUAGAAUCAACUUAGUUACCACAGAAUCCUACGCGCUAACAGAAGGAAACGGCCGCGAGAACUGACACUAAAAGAACAGCUGUAAACAAUUCUGGUGCUGUCAUCGAAAGUCAGAAUAAGGUACGGUAGAAACCCACAAAGAAACACAUCGGCUCAGAAGCAACGGGGGAAAAUUACCGUGCGCUGCGGGAAUGUCGAACAACACGGAAGCCGAGAUGACGAGCUCUAUCGAGCAAAACGUUAGCCUAGGUUUCUACAUCGCCAUCAUUGUAACUGGUUUAAUGGGCAAUAGUUUGGUGAUCGCUGUCAUUUCUGGCAAGAGGAGCAAAAGGUCCAUAUAUGAUCUGUUUAUUUUGAAUCUUGGCAUUGCCGACUUGUCGUUCAUCAUCUUUUACAUGCCAAUCCUUAUUUACGAGGGGUAUAUCAACAUCAUUUACAAAACUGUCUAUUAUUGUCGACUUGUUCAGCCUUUGUUGACAAUCUUUUAUUUCUUGAGCAUCUUCACCAUCUCUUCCAUGGCAAUCCAUCGUUGCAGGCUGAUUACAAAUCCGUACAAACCCAAAAUGAAAAAACGAAGUGGUUACCUGUGGAUCGCUGCUAUCUGGCUCUCUUCUUUAAUUAUCAUGCUGCCAUUGUCCAUUGUCACAAAAUCGAAAAACGGGCGAUGUAACGAGGAAUGGCCAUCACUGAACCAUCGCAAAGCCUACACACUGGCUCUUUUCAUUCUUCAGUUUGUUAUUCCGCUUCAGAUAAUCGCUGCAGCAAACCUUAAAAUCGGCAUCUACUUGUGGCGCUCACCUGUUCCGCAAAGUUCCCUUUCCACUGCCAAGAAGAAGCGGGCACAGAGGAGAAAAAGGGAGAACAUGCAGGUUAUCAGAACACUGGCUUUGAUCGUGAUUCUGUUCACCAUCUGCUUACUGCCGGGUCAAAUUGGUUAUCUUUUGUGGGAAUUUGGAGAUGAAGAAGACCAUGCCACGAUGGACAUCAUUUUCAAAUUUGCCAUUAUUCUUGAUUGCUUCCACGCUUGUGUGAAUCCGAUCGUUUAUGGACUGAUAACUGAACAGUUUCGCAAAGAAUACAUCAGAUAUCUGUCGUUUUGUCUUACAUGCGGCACAAAACAGGUGAACACAAUGCAAGAGACCCACAACGCAGAGAGCACAAUAGAAAUAAUUUCGCCGUUGACAACAAAAAGAAAACUUACCAACGAGGAUGUAAAGACGAUACCGAAUGAUCUGAACGAGCCACAGUAUUCCAAAAACACAAAUUCACACAUAACGCGAUCCUCGACAGCCUGCUCCUCUACGCUGCAGGAACCAACCCUUAUCAAAUAUAUUUAUACACCGACUGACUGAGUACAUGAUGUUAUUAGCUGUGACCCAGUACUUCGACUGUGACUUUUCCAACCUCGUCUCCAAGCCCUUUUGCUUUAAGCGGGGCCCUGUGAGGGAGAUCAGUGGCCUGUUCUGUUUCACUCAUUUCAGUUCAACCUUGCGUAAAUUGCUGUCAUGUGCUGUUUAAGAGACACAGGGUUUUCUUCACGAAUGUAAAAUCAUUGAUUUGAUCGUGAAAAAAAGCUACUGCUGUAAUCAACUGUCUACGACAAAAGAAGCCUGUGAAGCAACCCACAACUUUUUGGAAAGUGGGGAAAAGUGGAUCAGUACGUACUCACAGCCUAGGAACUACAUUAUUACUUCAAAACUUUUAAGUUAAGCUUUUCAUGCAGUUAAUCGCUUCACAGAAUAUCACGAAAGUAUUUAGGUUAACUUGGGUUGCAACCAGCUAAAUUCUUACCUUAUAGCCCUUCAAAGAAGAACAAGCAAAACACCUCUAUCUUAAAGCAGACUGCGGUAAAAAAGGAAUUUCGUUUUCGUGGAAUUCUACCUGAAGGCUAGCUGAGGCUGCUACAUCUUUCGCAGGCUGUGGUCAGUGGCCUACGGAGUAACUUUUUUAAUCGGAGAAAUUUUGCCUUGAAGAGGUUUGGAUUGAAACAUGGGGAGACUGACUGAGUUUGAGCGGUAUUAACUAUUUUUUAACUCAAUGGGAACUGGAUGAGUUCAAAGACUGUUGCAUUGCCACGGACUAUCGGGCCAGUUUAACUGAUUUUAAUCGCGGACUUUCCUUUUAAAUAUGAUUAGACCCUCAGAA